GAAGCAAAGAAGAAAUCUCGCGAGAUUUAGCGGCUUCAGCUCAGACAGUCUCGCACACAGUGGUGUGUAUUACGCUGUCAAAACGCGUUUAAAAGUAACUUCAGAUAUAGAAGCUGUUUGUAAGUGACAGAAACAGUAAACAUGUAAGGGCUAACAUCACACUACUGUCGCUACCGCUAAAUAAGUCUGACUUUUUCAGAGAUACAGCGGGUAUGCUAGCCGGUCGCUAGCCGAAUGCUACCGUUAACCUCGCCUGGGACAACGUGAUCAUUGAUUCUGUUUAUUAGAUUGCUGUUAAAAAUGAAGUGUCACUAUGAAGUGUUGGGUGUGAAACGUGACGCGGGAGACGAUGAUUUGAAGAAAGCUUAUCGUAAAUUGGCCUUGAAGUGGCAUCCUGAUAAAAACUUGGACAAUGCAGAGGAAGCAGCAGAGCAGUUCAAGUUGAUUCAGGCAGCUUAUGACGUCCUGAGUGACCCACAGGAGAGAGCUUGGUAUGACAAUCAUAGGGAGGCUUUGCUGAAAGGAGGGCUCAGUGGGGAUUAUGAAGACGACAGCAUUGACCUGCUGCAGUACUUCACGGUCACAUGUUACUCUGGCUACGGAGAUGACGAGAAGGGCUUUUACACCGUUUACAGGAAUCUUUUUGAGUCCAUUGUUAAGGAGGAGAUGGAACACAGCAAGGUGGAAGAUGAGGAAGAGGAAGAGGAGUUUCCUCCCUUUGGGGACUCGCAGAGUGAUUACGAUACCGUAGUGCAUGUGUUUUAUGGCUACUGGCAGAGCUUCUGCACUCGCAAAAACUUUGCUUGGAAGGAGGAGUACGAUACGAGGCAGGCCUCCAACCGCUGGGAGAAGAGGGCCAUGGAGAAGGAGAACAAAAAGACUCGAGAAAAAGCUCGAAAGGAGCGCAAUGAUCUGGUGCGACAGCUGGUGGCCUUUGUGCGUAAGCGCGACCGCCGCGUGCAGGCACACAGGAAGCUGGUGGAGGAGCAGAACGCCGAGAAGAUUAAGAAAGUGGAGGAGCUGAGACGGCAGCAGAAGCUCAAACAGGCCAAACUGGCAGAGGAGUAUAAGGAGCAGAGCUGGGCGGCCAUGUCUGAACUCGAGAAGGAGCUGCAGCAGAUAGAAGCUCAGUACGGAAAAGAGUUUGGAGAUGCAUCUGAAAGUGAGGAAGAGGAGCUGGAGAAGAACAGCGAAGAGGGCGGAGAGGCCGAGCAGCCGGAUGGAGACGAGCUGACGAUUGAUGAUUACGAUGAUCUGUACUGCCCAGCGUGCGACAAAUCCUUUAAGUCAGAUAAAGCCAUGAAAAACCACGAGAAGUCUAAAAAGCAUCGGGAAAUGGUGGCUUUGCUAAGGCAGCAGCUGGAGGAGGAAGAUGAUGCACUUGGUUUGAAUCUGGAGGGAAGUGAGAAUGAAAAUGAGGAGGAAGAGGAGGAAGAGGAAAAACCAAGGCAAAAGCUGUCCAAAAAACAGAAGCGGAAAAGAAAACAGCAGAAAGCGGCCCCACAAAGUGCUCCAGGGGAGGAAGAUGAGGAAGAACCAACACUGACCACCUGUGAGGAAGAUGCCUCCAAGAAGUCAGCAGCAGACUCCACGGAGCCUGAGAAGCAGGAUGAUCUACCUCCCACAGAGGUCAAGAGCACUGGGAAGACGAAGGGAAAGAAGGGAGGAGGAAAAGACAAACCAAAGAAUGUCAAACAGCACACAGGAGAACAGUUUCCUGAGAAGGAAGUGAACCUCCGCUGUGUCACUUGCAAUAAUGAGUUCUCCACAAGAAACAAGCUGUUUGACCAUCUGAAGUCCAGCGGCCACGCUACAGCCCUCUCUGGAAAUACUCCUCAGAGCUCCAUGAGCAAGAGCAAGAAAGACAAGAAGAAGAACAGAUAACACAUCCUGACCGGGACUUAUGAACUUGAAAGAGCUUCACUCAGCAGGGACACUUAAAGGCUUAAAAAACAAAACAAACAAACCUCUAAAGGGGUCUAAAGUGGACAGCACUGGCUGACUCGUAGCUUUUUGUUUUUUUUAAUUACACUAUAAUGUUCAGUAAUACAGUUGUGUCAAAAAGUGAAUCGUCCAGAAUGGAAUGAUCAAACCUUUCCGAGCAGCCUUUCAUAACUUAUGACAGUCUUCAUACUGAAACCAGUGGAGAAAAAGAGUUUUUGAUGUGUAUGUGAUACUUCUAUCUCCAAUAUUAAAUCUGUACAUCUCCAGGAAACCUCUGUCCUUGUUUGUCUAUAGUGGUAUUACUAAUAAAGAUGAUGCUUCAGAUUGGUAUACCACCCUGAAAUCAUUACCUCGGCCAAGGUGGUUAUGUUUUUGCUAGUGUGUCUGUUAAAAUUUGGCUUACAUCCACCAAAGUCUUCAAGGCCAACUUUUGACAAAAAGCCUUCUAACUCAGAAAUAAUGACUCUUAUAGAUGUUAAAUGCAGAACAUACCAUAUAUACCAUUUAAAAUAUCAUGGUGCAUUUGACCUCUAAAUCUUCCUUCAAGGGCAAAAUGAUGAUGAUGCUAAUGCACAUACCUGGUCAUACAUGUGAUGCAGAAGAUCAUCAGUUCAGGCCACUACCUCCAUUGCUCCAUGGUCCAGUUCUUAUGUUCCUGUGUCCAUUGUUGGUGCUUUUGAUGAUGGACAGUGGUCAGAAGGGCACAUGACCAGUCUGCACAUAUGCAGUCCCAUACACAGCAAACUAUGAUGCACUUGUAUCUGUCAGAACCUACAUGAACUUUUUUGGCAGUUUGAGCUAUGUUAACCCAUCUGUAGAAUCGGCUCAUACAAGGCCAGCCUUUGUUCCCUGCAUGCAUCAGUGAGCUGGGCCACCUGCGACCCUGUCGUUGGUUCAUCACUGUUUCUACCUUGGACCACUUUUGAUAGAUACUGAUCAGUGCAAAAAUGGUCUGACCCAGUCGCCAUCACAAUUUGGCUCCUGUCAAACUCACUCAAAUCCUGAUACUUGCCCAUUGUUCCUGCUUCUAACGCAUCAACUUUGAGGAGAAAAUGUUCACUUACUCCCUAAUAUAGCUCAUCUGCAAACAGGUGCCACAAUGAGGAGAUAAACAGUGUUAUCGACUUCACGUGUCAGCGGUCAGAAUGUUAGGCCUGAUCAGUGUUUAGGGAAUGAUAUAUGGGGCCUCUAAAUAUGUUACAUUGGACCUCUGACCUCUUCUUCAGGGUCAAACGUUUAAAAAUGUUUUGUUUUAACCGUUAAAACUAUGCUACAAAUGAAACUGCCUCUGUUUCUAUUGGCACCAUUUCAGAAAUGAUUCUGGCACAUGGGGAUCAUAAAUAUCACAUUAUAGGCUCCAACCAAACAUCAUGUCACAUUUGACCUCUGACCUCACUUUAACAUUUCACAAUCCCACAUCUGCCUUUCGUUCAAGCUGACCCCAAAAGGUGUUAGAUCUUUAAAGAAAGCAUCAGAAAGAGAAAAAGGA